GCUGGUCGGUAAUCCUCCAUUGCAUCAAUGUCGUGUUCAGCACUUGGGUUGUUGUUUUUAUACUGGACACUCUUGCACUCCCCCAUCGGGUGUAGCGUUUUAACCAUAGCGGACCUGCAAGAACUAGAGAAGAUCAACACCUGGGUCAUCACUCACAGCUCUCCCUGCAGUGCCACCUGUGGGCUUGGCCUCCGUACCCAGGAGCUCUGCCCUAUGAUGGGGACCGCUGGCAUCUCCACCAAUGACUGCAAGCUGAGGACUGUCCGGUGCCUAGACACAUGGCAGUGUGGACUGAAGACCCAGACAGCGAUUGCCGGUCAGAAGCUUGUUCUUGACUGUUUAGAAGAAGUGAUGGAUGCCAUGGGCCGCUUUGCCUUUGUGGUGUCUUGGCGCUUUGCCCGUGGAGUUAUCACUUCUGACAAUUCACUAUUUACCCGCUAUGAAGCUCUGAGUCUGGACAAGGUUGUGCUGGACCCUCUCAAAGAGGAGGAUUCUGGGACAUAUCGCUGUGAUGUACUGGACACUAGUAAACAUAGAGUAAAGAGAAUGUAUAAAGGGGUGAAGGUGAUGUCUCCCGACAUGCUGAGCCUGGACUUUGCUAAAGGUCUGAUUCAGUGGGAAAAUCCCGAGACCUUGUUGCCAAACACCACCACCACCACCACAGGAAAACCGUAUCCGGGCAGCACUGUCCGAAACAUGCUGCUGAUUAGUGUGUCCAUAUCUGUGGCACUGAUAGCGGUCGUCUCUUUACUCCUGUGGGCUUUUUUCCGGAAAAUGCCCAAAACAGCUCAACAUUUCCAUGACAAUUUAUAAGAUGGUGGAUGUUUUCCACCAUUUGAUUCAUUGCAAUGUCAAAUACAUGUUUCAUCCCGAAUUAAUGUUCCAUGUCUUC